CCCUGCAUCCCAGCCCUGCAUCCCUCCUGCAUCCCCGUGCCCAAACCCUGCAUCUGCCCAGCAGCAGAGGGGUCCCUGCUCCCCUCCUGCUCCUCACUCCCCUCACUGUAAGCAGCCUGUGCCCCGGCUGCUGCACCCACCCCACGGGAGGGAAUUCUCCUCUCUGAGGGGAUGUCCUCUCAGAGCAUGGGCAGGUCAAGUCCCACAGAUGCUGCUCCUGCAUUUGCAGCUGCUGAGUGUCCCCCCAAAGUGUGCUUGGGGGUGGGGGGCAGCCCUGGGAAUGGCCCUCACCCUGCCAUGGGUGGGGUGUGCCAAACUGGAGAACAACCUCCUCUGAGCCUCCAGCGCCCAUUUCUGCCGGGGAUUGCACCCAUGGCCAUGGCGGGGACACACGGCGCCCCUGGCGCCCCCCGUCACACCAACCGCCUGAUCAACGAGAGGUCCCCGUACCUCCUGCAGCACGCCCACAACCCCGUGGAUUGGUACCCUUGGGGUCAGGAAGCCUUUGAUAAAGCAAAGACAGAAAACAAGCUGAUAUUCCUGUCAGUUGGCUACUCCACCUGCCACUGGUGCCAUGUCAUGGAGGAGGAGUCCUUCAAGAGCAAGGAGAUCGGGGAGAUCAUGAACGAGCACUUUGUGUGCAUCAAGGUGGAUCGAGAGGAGCGGCCAGAUGUGGACAAGGUGUACAUGACCUUCGUGCAGGCCACCAGUGGUGGAGGUGGUUGGCCCAUGAGUGUGUGGCUGACCCCAGACCUGAAGCCCUUUGCUGGGGGGACAUAUUUCCCUCCUGAGGACGGAGUUCAUCGUGUUGGUUUCCGGACUGUGCUGCUCCGGAUCGCAGAGCAGUGGAAGGAGAACAAAGAUGCCCUGUUGGAGAGCAGCCAGAGGAUUCUGAAAGCAUUGCAGCACACAUCAGAGAUCCGUGUGCAGGGCCAGGAGUCCCCCCCACCCGCCAAAGAGGUGAUGGACACCUGUUUCCAGCAGCUCUCCAGAUCCUAUGAUGAGGACUAUGGUGGCUUUUCCAAAUCCCCCAAGUUUCCCACCCCAGUGAAUUUGAAUUUUCUGUUCACGUACUGGGCCCUGCACCGAACAGCUCCAGAAGGUGCCCGGGCACUGCAGAUGGCUCUGCACACCCUCAAGAUGAUGGCCCAUGGGGGCAUCCAUGACCACAUUGGUCAGGGGUUUCACCGCUACUCCACUGACCAGCACUGGCACGUCCCUCACUUUGAGAAGAUGCUCUACGACCAGGGGCAGCUGGCAGCCAUGUACACCAGAGCCUUCCAGAUCUCUGGUGAUGAAUUCUUUGCUGAUGUUGUCCGAGACAUUCUCCUCUAUGUCUCCCGUGACCUGAGUGACCAGGCAGGAGGUUUCUAUAGUGCAGAAGAUGCAGAUUCCUACCCAACCACCACAUCCCCAGAGAAGCGAGAAGGAGCUUUCUGUGUGUGGGCAGCCGAGGAGCUGCGGGCUCUGCUCCCUGACCCUGUCGAGGGGGCCACGGAGGGGACAACGCUGGGAGAUGUCUUCAUGCACCACUACGGGGUGGAAGAGGCUGGCAACGUGGACCCCAUGAAGGACCCCCAUCAGGAGCUGAAGGGACAGAACGUGCUCAUGGCGCGCUGCUCGCCGGAGCUGACGGCGGCGCGGUUCGGGCUGGCGCCGGCCCGGCUGAGGGCUCUGCUGCAGCAGUGCCAGCACAGACUGGCCUCGGCCCGGGCACGGCGGCCACGGCCACACCUGGACACCAAGAUGCUGGCAGCGUGGAAUGGGCUGAUGAUCUCGGGCUUUGCCCAGGCUGGGGCUGCCCUGGCCGAGCAGGGGUACGUGAGCAGGGCUGCUCAGGCUGCUGCCUUCCUGAGGACUCACCUCUUCGACCCCGACAGCGGCAGGCUGCUGCGGAGCUGCUACCGCGGCAGGGACGGCGCAGUGGAGCAGAGCACUGUGCCCAUCCAGGGCUUCCUGGAGGACUAUGUCUUUGUCAUCCAGGCACUCUUUGACCUGUACGAAGCCUCGCUGGAGCAGGGCUGGCUGGAGUGGGCCCUUCAUCUCCAGCACAUGCAGGACAAGCUCUUCUGGGACCCUGAGGGCUUUGCUUAUUUCUCCACCGAGGCCGGCGACCCCUCCCUGCUCCUGCGUCUCAAGGAUGACCAGGAUGGAGCAGAGCCCACCCCUAACUCUGUCAGUGUCACAAACCUGCUGCGAGCAGCUUGUUACUCUGGUCAUAGGGACUGGGUGGAGAAAGCUGGGAAGAUCUUGGCUGCCUUCUCAGAGAGGCUGCAGAAGAUCCCAAUAACCCUCCCAGAGAUGGCCCGGGCCACUGCUCUCUUCCAUCACACCCUCAAACAGGUUGUUGUCUGUGGGGACCCCCAAGCAGAAGACACCAAGGAGAUGCUGCACUGUGUCCGCUCUGUCUUCAGCCCAAACAAGGUGCUGAUGGUCGCAGAUGGGGACAGCUCUGGGUUCCUCUACCGCCAGCUGCCUUUCCUGGCAUCUCUGCAGAGGAAGGAGGGGAAAGCCACUGCCUAUGUCUGCAGCAACUUCACCUGCUCCCUGCCUGUCACCUCUGUGCAGGAGCUGCGUGGGAUGCUCAGCCCCUGAGCCCCUCAGCCCUGCUGCCUGCAGGAAGGCAAGAGGGGAGCAGGCUGGCGUGGGGACAUGGGAGAACCCCGUGCCAGAGCCACCCUGAGCACCAUCCCAGGUGGUUCCCAGCAGGGCAGUGGGGCUGUGCCCUUCCCCACCUGCUGCACUGCUGCUCCAGCAGCGUCUCAGCACAGCUGACUGUGGUCCAGGGUGCUGCUCUUGGAGACACCCAUGGAGGAGCAUCUCCUGCCCCUGUGUGCACGCUUGCUUCUCACCUCUUCUUGCUGAGGAAAAGGAAAACAAAUUAAAUAUAAAUCCCAGUGUUAAUGGAGAAGUCAGAUGGAAAAACAGGGUUCCUAUAGCAACCCAGGGUAACACUGUCAAAUGCACCUGGAUGAGUUGGGAGUCAAAAGCUCUUAAAAGUGUUACUGGCUGCAGCAGCUGGGGUGUUUUUCCAUUACAGAGGAGAUUGUAACAUACAUUAACUUAAUAUAUAGUGCAUGAAAAAACCUGCUGAUGACAACUGAUGUAAAGUUUGUUCCACCUUUCCUCCUCUCCUCUCCUUGUCCUCCCUGCUUGCAGAUGGGUGAGUACCAGGUUUUCAGCAUCCCUCUGACACUGUGUGCUACCCCACCGAGGUGUGCCUGGGCUGCAUCUGGCAACAAAAUGGCACUGCCCACUGCCUUUCUAGUGGGUUGUGCCAGGAUUUGGGAGUAACUAGCCAGGAGAAAUGCCUUUGAAGUCAAAUCGGAAUUUUGCACUUCAUCUGAGUGCUUUCUGUGCUUGUGGAAGAGGAGGGGUUUUGUUUUCUCUCCUCUCUUGGUUUUAAAAGCCUGAAGUGUUUCUGCCAAUCCAGCUGAAAAUUGCUGGUUUGGCAGAUGGCUGCCUGCUUUCUUCUGGGGUUUUUUUUUUGCCUUUUUUUUUUUUAACUUGCCAUCUCUGCAGCAGGGAUUGAUUUGACACCUGUCCUGAGGAGUGCUCAGAGUGAGUUGGUUUGUGUUUUUGUGUUUGCCAGCAGAGCAUCCUUGGCGAGCAGGGUUGGUGCUGGGUGCCUGUGGGGAAGCCCCAGAGGCUGUGGUGGCAGCUGUCCCCGAGGUGGCAGGGGCUGGGGUGACACGCUGAGCCCCUCUGGUUGCCCAGCAGCCCUCGUGGCACUGGCACAGGGAGCUUUCCUCGUGUGCUGUGAUGCUCAUUGGUGUCUCUGUGAUCAUCACUCAGGCAGAGCUGUGCUGUGAACCUCUGUCAGGAUGGAUUGGCCUCACCUCUCAGUAAAAUAAAACAAAACAAAACAGAA